ACCAACCCAUCUUGCCACCUUGACAAGUUAAUAAGCGUACAAAACAGAUCAGUUGACAACUAACAGUCACAUAGUCCCCAGAAAACAAGUUUUUGCAUAACCACCCAUGGCCUUUUUCCAUGGAAUAACCAGCCUGCAGGUCAUUUAAUUUCCAUCUCACUCAAGACCAUUUCACUAUUUCAGCAGACCAAAAUCUUCCUUUACAGUUCAGAAUUAUCAAAGAUGGUAUUCAGCAUUUUGAGCAGCUUUAUCCUUUUCGACGGUAACAGGAGACUGGUCGAGGUUUUCCCAGAUCAUGUGAGAAGAAAAUGGAAUAGAUGGGAGCUUAGAGGAUUAGUACUUCUCAGCCUUGCACUACAAAUUUCACUAAUCUUCAGUGGUAACCGAAGAAAGUAUAUUGCGAAAAGAAGGAUCAGAAUCUUUAUAUGGUGUGCCUACUUGUUGGCAGACUGGGUAGCCACAGUGGCUCUUGGGCUAUUGGUUGAUAGGCAGAGUAAUUCUACCACCUCCAGUAUUAACAACAAUAAAGGCGAGUAUGGAGAUCUAACCCUGAUGGCUUUCUGGGCGCCGUUUCUCUUGCUUCACCUAGGUGGCCCAGACACCAUCACUGCUUAUGCGUUAGCCGAUAAUGAAUUAUGGUUACGACACUUGCUCGGACUUGUUGUCCAGACAGCUGCAGCUAUCUACAUCACUCUUUUGACAUGGGAAGGCAUGCUUCUUUCCUUUCUCACUGUCCCUAUGCUUCUGUGUGGCAUCAUUAAGUAUGGUGAGAGAACAUGGGUCCUGAUGUCGGCCAACAGGGAGCAGUUUCGAGAUUCAGUUCUCUCUGACCGUGAUCCUGGCCCGAGUUAUGCCAAGUUCAUGGAGGAAUUCUGCUUAAAGGAAGCAGAGGGGUAUUAUGUUACUGCUACACAAGUGGAAGAGGGAAAUUCGGCUGAAGAUGAUCUCGAAAACCCAACAGGCGGCACUACUCCAUCUAUUCCUAAUCCUGAUGCAAGCAUAUUGCAAAUAGCGGAUUACUUUUUUCAAACUCUAAAGUUCAAGCGGCUCUUUGUUGAUCUUAUUCUCGGCUUCCACCCACGAGAUGUAAGCCAAUCUUUCUUUGAGCAAAAGGAAUAUGAUACCGCCUUUGAGGUGAUCGAAAUUGAACUUGGAUUUGCCUAUGAUGUCUUUUACACAAAAGCACCUAUCAUAUAUACUCCUUUUGGUUUAAUUUUCCGCUUCUUGACUUCAUUCAUCACCCUUUUCGUAUUGAUAACUUUUAUAGCAACCAUAGAUGUGAGCUCAGACACAUGUGUUGAUGUUGUGAUUACUUGCAUAUUGCUGAUAGGUGCCAUUUUGGUAGAAGCAUAUGCAGCCAUAUCUUUGCUUUUCUCGGACUGGGCAGCUCUAUGGUUCAGUCAUCAUUCUUCCAAGGUUAAAUGUUUUGGUCAACACCUAGUCACGUCACUCCAAUCUGCAGAAAAGGGAAAAAGAUGGUCGAAUUCUAUGUAUCAGUACAGCUUAAUAGCUUUUUGCCUUAACCAGAAAUCCUCAGCUUUUAAGAAAAUCUCCAAGUUUAUUCCUUUGCAUAAAAGGCUUAAGAACUUGUUGGAAAAGUUGGAGAGUUUUCGUCAGUUGAAACAUCAAACAAUAUCGCCUGAGCUCAAGUCUUUUGUUUUUAAGCACUUCAAGGAAAAAUCAACCGACACAGAAUUGGAUCAGAAGAUGAUGGUCACCUGUCGAGGAGCGGUGUCUCUACGAGCCCACAAAAGUUAUGGCUUGUUCAAAUGGACGAUUGAUGUGGAGUACGACCAUAGCAUUCUCAUUUGGCAUAUUGCCACUGAUUUGUGCUACAACCUGGACAAAAGUAAAAGAGAGAAAGAUUUAGAUGGUCAGGAAAUUAAACAAGAAUGGGAUCAUCACAUGAUAUACAGCAAACAACUAGCAGACUACAUGUUAUAUAUCUUGGUCAUGUGUCCUUUCAUGUUGCCCAUUGGAAUCGGAAUGAUUAGGUUCCGAGACACUUGUGCUGAGGCCCUGGUAUUUUUCGAAGAGAGAAGUAGCUCAAGUAAGAUUGAGGCCUAUGAAAUGUUGGGACAAGUGAGCACAAAAGUCUUUCCCGCUACGGUGAAGGGGGACAGGAGUAAGUCGGUACUAUUUGAAGCUUGCAAGCUUGCAGCUUCAUUGAAUGAGAUGGGUGAUCCUCGAAAGAUGUGGAAGAUGGUUGCUGAUGUGUGGGUGGAGAUUCUUGGUUAUGCAGCUAGUCAGUGCAGAGGAUUUGACCAUGCUCAACAGCUUGAAAAGGGUGGAGAGCUUCUCACUCAUGUCUGGCUUUUAAUGGCACAUCUUGGCAUUACCGAACACUUCAAGAUAGAAGAAGGUCAUGGCAGAGUUAAACUGGCUGUUACGUGAUGAGUCUAAAUGCUAGGUGAUACAUGUAGCAAUAUACUUUAGUAUAGUAGUAUUCCUAGAAAUCACCUUCUCUUAUGCCAAUCAUAAUACAGAAAACAUAUUAUGUAACGUGAUAAGUAAGGUGUAGCAUGGCGCAAUGUGUAGUCGCCUGUUAACAUACAUAUCAGAAAACAGCAUGUACCAUGAUGAUUGAUCUUUAGUAUGAAUGGAUCUGCAUUAUUAUACCAAGAAACUUUUUCACUUUC